CUCCAAUUAGCCCUCUGCAAAUUCUAUUGAAACCCUUUUUCCCACGAAAUCAUUUCCCACAAAUUCUGCUUGCUGUAGCCUCCACAGCCCAUUACCACCAUAUUGCGUCGCCGGCCUUUCGCCUCCUCGCGUCACCGCCUUCCGUCGCCGACUCCCUGCCUUCCGUCGCCCUCUUCCAUCUCAGGUAUUGAAGGACCGAACACCGCAACCAACAACUUCGCUUAGAAAUGGACAUUGAUUCUGUGGAAGCUGCAUCAUCAACCAAGCAAAUGGAUUCGGAGGAGUCAUCCAACGCUUCUGGUAAAGAAAAAGAUGAUAUUGCUAAGUCGAUGGAAAAAAUGAAGAUUGAGUCUGGGGAGGCAGGGACUUCAUCAACCAAUUUCAAAAAGAAACCAGUCAUAAUCAUUGUUGUAGGAAUGGCAGGCAGUGGAAAAACAACAUUCCUUCAUCGCCUGGUUUGUCAUACACAAGCUUCAAAUAUCCGGGGCUAUGUAAUGAAUCUUGACCCUGCUGUUAUGACCCUCCCAUUCGGUGCAAAUAUCGAUAUAAGGGACACUGUAAAAUACAAGGAAGUGAUGAAGCAGUUCAAUCUUGGUCCUAAUGGUGGAAUCCUGACAUCACUCAAUUUGUUUGCUACCAAGUUUGAUGAGGUUAUUUCAGUUAUUGAGAAACGAGCAGAUCAGCUGGAUUAUGUUCUUGUGGACACUCCUGGUCAGAUUGAGAUCUUCACCUGGUCUGCUUCUGGAGCAAUCAUAACAGAAGCUUUUGCUUCGACCUUUCCCACUAUAAUAACAUAUGUAGUUGAUACACCACGAUCUGCAAAUCCACAGACUUUUAUGAGCAAUAUGCUUUAUGCUUGUAGCAUUCUCUACAAGACACGAUUGCCUUUAGUGUUGGCAUUCAACAAGACUGACGUGGCUCAACACCAAUUUGCUUUGGAGUGGAUGGAAGACUUUGAGGCAUUUCAUGCAGCACUGGAUUCAGAUCAUUCGUACACGUCAACCCUUACUAGAAGCCUCUCUCUUGCUCUGGAGGAGUUCUAUAAGAAUCUAAAAUCUGUUGGAGUGUCUGCAGUUUCUGGUGCAGGAAUGGAGGCUUUCUUCAAGGCUAUUGAAGCAAGUGCUGAAGAAUACAUGGAAACAUACAAGGCUGAUCUUGACAAGAGGCGGGCAGAAAAGCAACGUUUGGAGGAAGAACGAAGGCGGGAGAACAUGGACAAGCUGAGGAAAGAUAUGGAGAAGUCCAGGGGAGAAACUGUGGUAUUGAGCACUGGUUUGAAGGACAGAGAAACCAAUAGUAAGGUCAUGAUGGAUGAAGAAGAAGAAGAAGAGGAAGACGAAGAUGUAGAUGAUUAUGAGAGGUUUUCUGAUGAGGAUGAAGAUGUUAUAGAUGAGGAUGAAGAUGAAGAGGUUGGCAGGUUUUCAUUUUAACUGCUCCUGUUCCUGGCAAAUUUUCUCAAAGCAAAACUUUGUAUUUGACCAUCAAAAGUAACUGAAUUGGUAUUUUAAGGGUUUGAAGUUUGGCUUUGUGCAUGCCUGCUUGGAUACCUUCCUUGAACUUCAAUGUUUUCCAGUGGGGUUACAUUACAUAACAAAAUUCAGAGUUAUCUUUGUUAGUAUGUGCUGAUCAGUUUGCCUUUGU